GUUCACAGAAGCUGUUUGCAGAUGGGAUAUUACAGCAGUUGAACAACUUCCAGAUUACAUGAAGACAUGUUUCAGUGUCCUCUAUAAUCUAACAAAUGAAAUCAGCUCCAAGGUCUUUCAGAAGCACGGCUGGAACCCCAUACACUCACUACAAAAUGCGUGGAAGAGUUUGUGCAAAGCCUUCCUAGUUGAAGCAAAAUGGUUUGGCUCUGGGAAGUUGCCCGGUGCUGAAGAAUACUUAAACAAUGGAACAAUCAUAGACAGAAAUCCUGACAUCAUUUCUACUCCGGGAACAAUUCUUCGACUCUGGGAUGACUUGGGAAAUGCACAGGAUGAGAAUCAAAAAGGCAAUGAUGGAUCGUACGUGAAUUAUCUGAUGAAUGAAAAGCCAGAGUACACGAGAGAAGUAGCAAGAGAAAGAGUGAUGAGUAAGAUCAGUGAUGCAUGGAAGAACCUCAACCAAGAGUGCUUGUUUCAUAAACAUUUCCAUCCAACAUUCAAUAAGGCUUCACUCAAUCUCGCAAGGAUUGUACCAUUGAUGUAUAGUUACGACGACGAACAGUCCCUUCCAGAACUUGAGGAGCAAUUCAAUUCUUUGCUUUAUGAUAGUUUUCUUUAA